AUUAUUUGGGUGAGAAGAACGAGAAAAGCAAAGAUAAAGGAAAAUGUAUACAGUGUCAGUCAGUAGAGAGGCAGACAGGAGGGGAAGUGUUCAAGUUUCCAUACCGGCAAGAAACCCUCUUCCCACAGAGAUUCUUUCUGAAAAGAAAAUCCCAUUUGCUACUUACAACAAUAUUGAUCAGAAGAGUGGGGGAAAAGCUAUAGCAAUGGCGCCAGAGAACGGAAGCAAGACAUCGCAGCCUACUGCUAAACACCAAGCUGCAAAUCAUACUAUCAAGCUAACUGUCAAGUGCAAUAAGGACGGGAAAGAGACCUUUUUCGUGGCCAAACGGAACAUGAAGAUACGGAGGCUUUUGACCUAUUUCUGCCACCAUGCUUCUUUGGACUACCGUUCUACUCGUUUCGUGCUUGAUCGUCGUCCUUUCUCUCAUGAGAAAACGCCGAAUCAGCUAGGAUUGCAGGACGGCGACCAAAUAGAUGCAUUGAUCGAUGGAAAUGGAGCUUGAUGAAUCAUCUUGGAGGUAAAAGGUGAAGAAGACCUAAUCACCAGCUAUCUCUAUAUAUAUAAUUAGGGAAUUCUGAGGCAAAUUUAGUAACUUUGAUGCUUUGGUUUUUGCUGUAUAUAUCUGCUGAUUUCCCUGUUCAGUGUUCAGGGCUUAGAUCAUAAGAAUUUGCCUCUGUUUUUGUAGUACUAAUGCCUGUAUUUAUCUAGUGAAAUGUGAUAGAUACGAUUCUAUGGUUCGGAGCUUUUAAUGAUACAGACUAUGAUUCCUUUUGUUGUCGGGAUCAAGUUG